CGUCAGAGACGCAAAGUCCAGUCAACAGAGAAGAGGUGUACGCUUAAGCUUGGAAAGUGUCGUGCCACUCUCUCUUUUUCCGCGCUUUUUUUGCCUUAGCGUAUAACAAUUUAAUCCGAGUGUGCCCUUAACUGAACAUUCAUCAACAUGUCACAAAUGCAACACAGCAGGAAGCGAGUUUGCUACUACUACGACAGUGACAUUGGAAAUUACUAUUAUGGGCAAGGACAUCCUAUGAAGCCACACCGCAUAAGGAUGACACAUAAUUUAUUGCUAAAUUAUGGAUUAUACCGUAAGAUGGAAAUCUAUCGUCCACACAAAGCUACUGCUGAUGAAAUGACAAAAUUUCAUAGCGAUGAAUAUAUUAGAUUUUUAAGAUCUAUUAGGCCUGAUAAUAUGACUGAAUACAACAAGCAGAUGCAAAGAUUUAAUGUAGGAGAAGACUGUCCUGUGUUUGAUGGUCUUUAUGAGUUUUGUCAAUUAUCUGCUGGUGGAUCAGUAGCAGCAGCUGUGAAACUAAAUAAGCAAGCAUCUGAGAUUUGUAUAAACUGGGGAGGUGGACUCCAUCAUGCCAAAAAGAGCGAGGCAUCAGGGUUUUGCUAUGUUAAUGAUAUUGUUCUAGGAAUUCUAGAAUUACUUAAGUAUCAUCAACGAGUUUUGUACAUUGAUAUCGAUGUUCACCAUGGUGAUGGAGUUGAAGAAGCCUUCUAUACAACUGAUAGAGUGAUGACAGUAUCAUUCCAUAAAUAUGGAGAAUACUUCCCGGGAACUGGAGAUCUGAGAGAUAUUGGUGCUGGAAAGGGGAAAUAUUAUGCAGUUAAUAUUCCUUUGAGAGAUGGAAUGGAUGAUGAGAGUUAUGAGUCUAUAUUUGUACCAAUCAUUUCUAAAGUUAUGGAAACUUUCCAACCAUCUGCUGUUGUAUUACAAUGUGGAGCUGAUUCAUUAACUGGUGACAGAUUAGGAUGCUUCAACCUUACUGUUCGUGGACAUGGCAAAUGCGUCGAAUUUGUUAAAAAAUAUAAUUUACCUUUCUUGAUGGUUGGAGGCGGUGGUUACACAAUUAGGAAUGUGUCGCGUUGCUGGACAUAUGAAACUUCCGUAGCACUUGGAACAGAAAUAGCAAAUGAGCUUCCAUACAAUGAUUAUUUUGAAUAUUUUGGUCCGGACUUCAAAUUACACAUUAGUCCAUCUAAUAUGGCCAAUCAAAAUACUACUGAGUAUUUAGAAAAAAUAAAAACGAGACUAUUUGAAAAUCUCAGAAUGCUUCCACAUGCACCAGGAGUUCAAGUACAAGCUAUUCCAGAAGACGGAGCUGUCAUCGAAGAUUCAGAAGCUGAAGAAAAGAUAAAUCCAGAUGAACGACUUCCUCAGCGUGAUAUUGACAAAAGGUUACAGCAUGAAAAUGAAUACAGUGAUAGUGAAGAUGAAGGCGAAGGUGGCAGACGAGAUAACCGAUCAUUUAAAGGAUCGAGAAAACGUCCUCGAUUAGAAAAAGGUCAAGAUAAUGCUGAUGGAGAUGUGAAGAAAGAAGAUGAUAUUAAAUCAGAUUCAAAAGAUAACGAGAAAGACGAGAAAACCAAUGCUACAAACGAAGAAGCGAAAAAAGAUGGAGCAACGAAUCCUUGAUUUAGGCAUAUUGAAAAUUCUUACAACGGAAUUUAAACCAUUUUAUGCAAAAGUAAAAUAAGCAACAAAUCCUUGCAAUAGUAAGAUAUCAAUUGCAAUUUUCAGUUAAAAUUUAUGAUGUUAUCAAAAUUUACGUCACCAGUCUAUAAAUAGAAUAUUUUUAGACUCUUAUCAAGAAUUAUUGACGUUCGCGAACGUUCGUGAAGCACAAUAUGUUUCUUUUAAUAUAAUCUUGUGACUGAUGCAUCAGUUAUUCGAGCGUUCAUUUUCACAUUUCAUUUUUUUUCUAAUUAUAUUAGUCAAAAGAUUAUAUUGCAAAUUUCAUAAAUUAUUUUCGUAUAUAAAGAUCGAUAACGUGAAUCGUGAGUUGCCAGUUCAAACUCGCUUUAUGAUUUCUUUUGAGCAGGGCAAAUUUCGAAAGCAUUGAUUGCAAGCAAUUGUCCGAUUUAGAUAAAAGUAUGAAAGGUGUGUUUCUACAGAAAUAUUUCUUCAGUCAUAUAUCAAAGUAAAGCAAGCGUAAAUGGAAAAAUUGUAGUAUAUUCGUGAUCAAUUUGAGAAUUGUUUUGUUGCGUGAAAUAUCGAGCAUAAAUGGUAAAUUUUUUCUUUUGUAAUUAUUGAUUACAUUCACACUAAUUACUUUGCAACAAUAUUAUUAAAGUAAGCUGUAAUUUUUUAUCUAUUUUUUUAUUUGCACCUUUUUUUACCUGGCUUGUAUGUAAAGAUCUCAAAUAGUUAAUAUUCAUAUUUUUUAAGGUACUUGAAUUUUUAGUGUAAAUGUAAUCGAUGGCAUAUACUAUACUGAUGUAUUUACUAAGUCGGAUCAGAUAUAUGUUCUAUAAACUUAUGUAGGUAUAUAAGUAAAUAUGUAAGCAGUUUCUUUAGAUAUAAUUGUAAUUUUUUAAAUAAUGUAUGAUGUUGCGUUUAAUAGUGUCAGUUUUGAAAGACAAGACAUUGUCAUAUUUAUGUCAAAGUAUGAAGUUCAAAAAUGUUUUUAGAUAUUUAUGAUAAAAUAAUAAAAUCACUUGUG